GCUCCAGCUGAAGAUGUAUAUACAUAUCUGGAAAUAUAUAAGUUAAUUAAUUAAUAACAAAUACAAUAACAUUUAGCUGAGAUGGCCAGAAAAGUUCAACAAACCGUAAUGUAAACCAAUUGUCAAGUCGAUCGCAACAUGCAGGUUGCGGUUAGUUUAAUUUCUGUACGUGUUGUGACGUCACUUCACACAUUUUGACCGUUAAUGUGUGUGCACUUGUAAUUUGUAAAAGGCAGCGUGACCUGCCUUAACCGACGCAUCGACUUGGGUUUGGGGCAACUGCACCUGACGGCUGCUUAUUACAAAUGGACGCUCGAAAUAUCCAAAAAUAAAAUUUGAUUUCGCGGCCAGAACAUGACACUGAGAUCAUAUUUGGGAUGCAUCUGCCUGCUGAGCCUGACAGCGUUUGUGGCCAGCACGGAGUCCUGGUGCGAUGAGCAGCUGUGUGCCGCGGGCACCAUCCACGUGGCCUGCAACAAUACUGGCGAAUUCCAUGAGAGAUGUGCGCCAGAUGCGGUCAUGAUCAACUUGCAGCCACAUCGCGACUUUAUCCUGGCCGAGCACAACAAGCGGAGGAAUUUUAUUGCCGCGGGCCUUCUGCCCGGCUACUAUCCGGCAGCGCGCAUGGCCACAAUGAUCUGGGACGAGGAGCUCGAAUAUUUGGCCACCCUGAACUUGAAGACAUGCCAUCUGGAGCACGACGAUUGCAAUAACUCGUAUCGCUUUCGCAAUGUCGGUCAGAAUCUGUGCGGUGUGGACCGGCAACGGAAUAUGCCAUUAAAUGUGCGGGGCAUUGUGGAGAACUCGAUGGGUCUAUGGUUUGGCGAGUAUCCACUCAUCGACAGCAGCUACAUAACCUCAUUUCGUGUGGCCAGGCAUCUGGAUAAAUAUGGUCACUUUGCGGAAACUGUGGUGGAUCGCAAUACGCACGUCGGCUGUGCCAUGAUGCGCUUCACAAAUCCUCAAUACCCAUUCCUUUACAUCUACAACAUGGCCUGCAACUAUGCCAGCACCUAUGCCGUGGGAGUGCAUGUCUACAAGGUGGGUGAACCUGCCUCGGAGUGUGAAACAGGUGCGAAUCCCAAGUACCCGGCAUUGUGUUCGCUCAAAGAGCAAUACAAUCCCAAUUACAAUGAUUACUGAUUAAAUUGAUUACCAAAGAUAUAAA